AUGUCAUACCCAUACAUAACAGCACUUUAUAGGCCAUGCAGAGGUUGGGUCCAAGAGGAAGAACUCGUCAUCCCAGAGCUAUCUGCAAUAUGUCGAGCCAACAUCACCACCCUCAAGAGUCAGCUUCCUGGGCACGUACCAGAAGCCCUCCAGAAGCUGGAGGAGUUCUUCAUUGAACCUUUAAUCGUUCUCGACGGCAUGCUUUACCAAGGGUUCCAUUUCACUCCCUCCCUUCAUGAUGAGCCGAACGAUCUGAUAACCAUAAGGUAUAUGCUCACGGGUAUUAUGGAGCUUACUGAGAAAGACGAUGGCGUUUCAGCUAUGGAAUUCCUCAAUACUGAGGCCCUUGAUAAGCUCGACUGGCUGCGCGAUUCUCUACUUCGUUUUCUCAACCGGCGCGCUGGCCAUUCUGAUUACAAUCAUCGCCUUCCAGAGCCUGACAGUCAAUUCUUACGAUCAAAAUACAAGAGCCUCAGAAAACAUGUGGAGCAUCAGAUUCUCCAGGACAAAGGGUCUGAAAAUAUCGAGAGUCAUGGACUUAACGCUCUCCAGCGGCGGUUAGUUGACAGUGUCUUGCUUCGAAAGGACCGCUUUGAACGUGCUCGAGCACACUACAAGACAGUCAUGGGUACCUCGACAUUGGAAGGUAAAAGCCAGGGACAGUCGCGGUUCAAGUCACCCAUCCAGCCUGAGCCAAUACUUAACAAGCAUGAUUUCCCAGAACGUCCAUGCUUCACCCGAAGUGACCCGUAUCGGACAUGUCCAUGCUGUUUCCGAUCAAUCUUGGAAAAGGAUGUGCAAUCUGAGUGGGGAUGGAAGUGCCAUGUCUACGACGACCUUGCCUCAUACACAUGUAUCGCUGAGGAUUGCCCUGAAGGCGGCCACCUGUUUUCCACCAUCCAAUCGCUCCAGGCACACAUGGAAACCAGCCACAACAAAUUGAAAUACUCAUGCUGCGAUGCCAGUUUUUCUGACUACUCAGAGCUGCUCCUCCACCUGGAUGGCUCGUCAUCAGCGUCUUAUGUCAGUAGACGUAGAAUGGUUCUGGGUCUACGAUCAUGUCCCCUAUGUUCAUUCACCGCCGACGAGGAUUCAGUUGAGUUGGCCAAUCAUGUGAUUGACCACAUGUUCCGCUUUUCUUCCAAAUUCUGGCCUUGGAUCGAAACGUAUGAUGAGGCUGAUGAACCUCCAGAAUAUAGCAGAGUGGAUAGCAAGGCUGGGCAUUGGCCUUGA